AUGAAUGUCGAAGAAAGGGCAUCAGAGAAAUGUCGAUGGUUUCGUUUCAAGAUUCCUUGUUGCAAACUCGGCCGACUGAAUUGUUCAUUCAAUGUUCGUCUCAACCCAGUUGUUUCUCUAUUUUCCGCCCUCAUUAUUUGGGCUUUUGUGGUAUGGUGCGUAUUGGAGGCGAAAGCGGCCAACGAAGACAUGACCGAAUGGCGAAGAUGGAUAACUUUGAAAUGCACCUGGCUUUACAUCGGAACUCAAGACGCGUGGGCUUUGUUCAUAGUUGUGCUCUAUUUCUCUAAGUAUUCCAAAAUGAAGCUAGGAAAAUCGCACGAGAAACCGGAAUUCAACGAUGCUACGUACUUCACGAUGUUAUUUGCUGCUGGUAUCGGAAUUGGUCUCUUUUACUUUGGAGUAGGUAAAUAGUAGACAAAUUAACUGCAGAAACAUGCAUUGUACGAUGAUCGUUUCAAUAUGACCCAUGCUUUACGAAAGAGCAGUAGUUAGAGAAGUUGACCGAGUUAUGUUAUUCUAUUAUUUUAUCUUUGUCAAAAGCGGAGCCCAUUUGGCAUUAUGCACCUGGACAUUAUGGAAAUCGAUAUUAUGCAAGGUAAGUGCUCUCUUAACUAUAACAAUACUUCAAGACGAUGGUUGUGGUAACCUAGAAUAGGCCAGUUUACGUCUGGUCGGACAAAAGUAAUUCUAGUAAUGAUCCUCGCUUUUUGUUGUGUUCAAUCCAAAUUACAUUUCAUUUGCACCGUAAUCGCUUUCACCAACGACUAAAGAUAAAACUUACCUGAAUUCCGACCCCCCCGCACAUGGCUCUGUGAUAUCCUUAUAAUUCCUCCCCCCUCCUGGCAAUUAAUUGGUAUUCAAUUUUCUACAGUCCCCCCCUCCCUUUCCGCUGAAAACCUUGUGAUACCCUCCCCCAAAAGAGAACUCCAACCUCCCCACACCCCCUUGCUCGGUCCCUGAGGUCAUAAGUAAACAAAAAUAUGAACCACUGAUAUUGAAACAUUGAACUUUCCGUUAGGUAUUCCGACAACCAACAGGCCCAGGAUGCCAUGAACCUCACUUUCUUUCACUGGGGAAUUCACGGAUGGAUUGUCUACGUAGUGGUUGGACUUCUCCUAGCCUUCCUCAGUUACCGAAAGGGUCUUCCGAUGACAAUGCGGUCCUGUUUCUAUCCUCUACUUGGAAACGGAAUAUUCGGAUGGGUUGGCGACUUCAUCGACAUCCUAUCAGUGGUGUGCACCAUGUUUGGGGUCUGCACCAGUCUUGGUCUUGGUGCCAUACAGCUCAACGCUGGUUUCAAACGACUAAACAAGAACAUCACCUUCAGUACUACUAAUCAAAUCAUCACCAUCUGGGGAGUAACGGCCUGUGCAACUUUAUCUGUCAUCAGUGGUUUGAAACUUGGCAUCAGGCGGCUAAGCGAACUAUGUUUUGUCAUCGGUAUGAUGCUGAUGUUGAUUAUUUUGUUCUACGAUGAUACAUGGUAUCUACUCAACCUCUAUGUUCAGAGCAUUGGAUAUUAUCUCCAGUAUGUUGUACAGGUUGGAUUCCACACAGAUGCUUUUGCACAACUCGGUAAUGCCCCAGAUAAACUCGAAGCCGCUGAGUGGAUGAAUGACUGGACCAUCUUCUACUGGGGUUGGUGGAUUGCUUGGUCCCCUUUCGUUGGAAUGUUCAUCGCGAAGAUUUCACGAGGCCGAACGAUCAGAGAAUUUAUCAAUGCUACCCUCACUGCACCUAUCUUCUACACCUUUCUGUGGCUCACCAUUUUCGGUGGAGCAGGGAUAAGAAUGGAACGAAACGCAGCCUUGGCGAACGUCACCUGCUCGUCGCCAUUCGGAGGGAAAACUGCCACAAAGUCAUUUCAAGGCUUUUACCGACUCUCCUGUCGCCCAAAGAAUGACAUGUGGUUCGACCUGAUGGACCAGUAUGGUGACCUUGGAGACUUCUUGUCCAUCGUGUCCUUAAUUGGUAUAAUCCUUUACUUUGUCACCAGCUCGGACAGUGGUUCACUGGUCAUAGAUUGCCUCUCUGCCAACGGUGAUCCCGACCCCCCCAUACCCCAACGUAUCUUUUGGGCCCUGACGGAGGGUGCUACCGCAACUGCUCUGCUGUAUGCUGGAGGGACAGAUGCUCUGAACGCCUUACAAGCAGUGUCCAUUGUAGCUGGCCUUCCUUACACCAUCCUAUUGUGUUUCAUGUGUGUGGCAUUGUGGCGAGCUGUUCAAAUGGAAGAUGGUGACUUGGAUGCAAACGGUCCACAGUUCAGCGUGACUUUGUUCCAUCCGAUCUCUCGACCUUCCCAUAGAGGUUUCUUCAAACUUUUUCUCGCCAUUGUUGCUCCCUGGUACGUGAUAGCCAUUGCAGAAGACAGGAAGAAAGGCAGUAGCCCCUUAGCCUUGGCCUGUCGCAUGGUCCUCAUGGGUGUGCCAUUUUAUUCCUGGAUUGCCAUGAUGGUAGCAGAGUUGAUUCCAGUAGAAGGAAUCUCUUAUGUCGGAUGGGCAGUUCUAUUUUUGUUCUUUGGUGUAGCAACAGCCAUCAGAACGGGAAUGAGAUUAGAGGAUGGAAUACAUGGCAGUAUGGCAGAGGAUUUCUUCGUCGUGAUGUUUCUGUACCCGUUUGCAGCUUUUCAAAUGGAUCGACACGCAUCGCAUCAUCAAAUGAAAAAGAAUACAGAAGACGUAGAACAGGGAAAGGCCAGUGACAAUCCCCGUUAUGAAGGCGGCUUAGAUGAUAAAUCAGUAGCAACUGCGUUGUAA